CGCCGCCGCCGCCGUCCCCGUCCUUCCGCAUCGGGUCCCUGCUGCUGUCUCCGGCCCGUCCGCAACCCGGCCAUCGGUGUUCGAGGAUAUUGAGAUUGCUCGUUUUGUAUAACUUUUUUUCCUGGGUGCAUCAACAUGUCUGGAAAUGAUUCUCAGGCUGCUGCCGACAGAAUAAAGGCCCAGGCCAUGUCAAAUGCCAAGGGAUUGAGCAGGGCUCAAGCUGAGCGUGCAGCGGAAGCUGCUGCUCGCAAUGUCAAUGCCUAUGGGCAGAAGGAAGAGGGGCCAAGUCGCUGGCAGGAGAGGAAGGAAGCCAAGAGACAGAUGUACCUGAUGAGUACAGAGAAGGCUGUGAGGCUAGGUGUGAAGCCAAAUGCUGUACCAACUUCUAAUGCUGGUGGCCAAUGUCAGAAGUGCUUCCAGACUGGGCAUUGGACAUAUGAGUGCAAGAAUGAACGGGUCUACAUGAUGCGACCCUCAAGGACAGAGCAGCUUAAGAACCCCAGGCUGAAGAAACCGUAUCUGCCAGCUUCCUCUCAGUUCGUGAACCCUGAUCUCGAGAAGGAGAUGGAGGAGGAAAGGAAGCUGAUGAGAGAGAAGCUGAAGAAGGAGAAGUCAGAAAGAAGGAAGGUGAAGAGCAAGUCGAAGAGCAAGAGGAAACACCGUGCCUCGGUGUCGGAGUCUGACUCAGACUCCGAAUCAUCGGUGACUGGCUCUGAGUAUUCUUCUGAUAGCGGCAGUUCAAGUGACAGCUCCUCGGACUCGGGGGACAAAAAGAAGCGCCAGCGCAAGACGAAGCAGAAGAAGAGAAGGCACCGGAGGGACAGCACGUCGUCGUCGGCAUCUGAAUCUGAAUCCGAGUCUGAUUCUGAUUCUGAGGACGAUAAGGGCAGCCGAAGGAAGAGCAAGAAGCGCAGCGACAAGCGUCGGUCCUGAAGGGCAAUGAGGACGCUAGAUGUGAUCAAAUUAUGCCCGCAUAUCAUUUCUUUUCAUCGCAGUCAUAGCUUCGUGUAAUGCAAGGCGCCCUCUGAGAGAUAAAUCACAAAUGUAUGAGUUGAUUUGCUGAACGCUUGUUGUUUCCUAGUACUAUUGUUUCCCCUGUACUAAGAAGUAGCACCCUUUUUCUUGAAAGAUUACUAAAGACUCAGUCAGGAGUACUUGAAGCUUCA